AUGGGCUUGGCUGUGCUGCCGCCGGACCCUGAAGAGGAGAUUGUGCAAACGGAUGUCUACGACGAUGAGGAGGACAGCGAUUUCUCAGAGCACGAAGAUGGCGGUCGACCGUCAAAACGCCGCCGACUGUCCGCCUCGUCUCGACAGAUAGCGCUGCCGGGCGAAGUCAUUACGGAUGAUACGCAAUGGAUGAGAGGACAUGGCACCUUCAUGCCUGAGCAGUCAACCACGAUGAUCGCAACCCUAGCCGGCCCGCUCAAAAAGACAAACAAACUACUUUCAGUCGCCCCUCUUCGCGCGAGAUAUACACCCGAAAUCGGAGACCUGGUCGUCGGCCGGAUAGUGGAGGUGCAAAAGAACCAGUGGAAGGUGGACGUGGCCGCGCCGUUGUUGGCACAAUUACCCUUGUCAUCCAUCAAUCUCCCCGGAGGGGUCCUGAGGCGGCGCACAACUGCAGACGAACUCCAGAUGCGGAAUUACUUCCAAGAAGGCGAUUUGCUCGUCGCAGAGGUGCAACAGCUGCGGAGUAGUGACGGGACGGCGAACCUGCACACCCGGAGUCUGAAGUACGGCAAGCUGCGAAACGGAAUGUUCCUUGCCGUGACCGGGACCGGUGGCGGAGGAGGCGUCGUUCGCAGUCGGAGACAGGUCUUCACGAUCAACAGCGGUGCCCAAGGUGGCGGAGACGUCAACGUCAUCCUCGGGGUCAACGGCUACAUCUGGCUGAGCAAGCACAUGGAGCAAGCAGCCGAAGACCAAGGCAGGAUGAACAGCGGCGGAGUCAGCAUUUCAAACCUCGACGACGUGGUCAGCAGCGCCAUCUACUCGAGCCAAAACGACGACAUUUCAGAAAGCACCAGGCGGGAAAUCGCGCGCAUCUCAGAGUGUAUCAAGAUCCUGGCCGAGGACGGGGUGAGGGUCGACGAAGACAGCGUGCUCAAGGCGUACGAAGCGGCCGUCGACGCCGAGAUGAACGUCAUGACGGAUCGAGAUGCCCUCGCCACCAGUUUCAGCGACGAGGUCAGGAAGAGGAUCCUCGAUGCGGCUCUCCAUUGA